AUGUCAAAGUACUUGGUGUUUGUUUACAUUCAGUGGAUUGCCGGCAUUAAAAACAGUUUGAAGCGCAUAAAUUCGUAGAAUUUCCGUAUUGAAAUGGCUGGAGAAGUGCUAGUGGAUGCUCUGCCGUAUAUAGAUCUUGGAUAUGAUGAUCCAGGAGUGCGUGAAGCGGCCAUUGCCAUGGUGGAGGAAGAAUGCCGCCGGUAUCGUCCCACCAAAAACUACCUCGAGCACCUGCCAGCGCUCAGCACGUCCGCUUUCGAGACGGAUCUAAUGACCACCGAGUUUGAACGCAUUCAGAACCGCCUACCGAUGGAACCGGUUUCCAUGAAACGCUACGAACUGCCCCCUCCUCCGGCAGGAAAAAUGUCCGAAGUAUCGGCGUGGAUGGAGAGUGUGGAAAAUUCGAUGGCCCAGCUGGAACAUCAAGCAGUUCGAGCGUUGAACCUCGAGCUUAUGCAGGAGUAUGGCUGCGAAAUGUGGAAGUCCUAUCUGGAAGUGCUAACGGCGAUGCAGGCAAAGGCCCAAGCCAGGCUCGAAGCGGUCAAAAAGGAAAUACAGGACGUCAACUGGAAGCGGAAAUCGAAACAGACCAAGGGUGGCGAAAAGCUCCGUUCGCUGGAGGCCCAGUGGGUCAUGCUGGUAUCAAAGAAUUACGAAAUCGAGCAGGCGUGCUCCAAGUUGGAAGAGAAAAUUUACCAGAAGAAAACUGAUAAAGGCAUGGUGAAUAACAGCAGUGGAGAAAACAUUAACAAUGAAAACCUAUCAGCAUAAACAAUAAAAAGCCUUUUU